UAAAAGUUUAGCUGGAAUGUGAAACAUGACACAACAUUAUUUCUUAUUUCUUUGUAUAACAGUCCUGGUACCAUUUUUAGAAACUCGUCAAGUUCCACCUAAUGGAGGCCGCAUUAUUGGAGGUACAGACGCAAGAGUGGGACAAUUUCCCUCAGCUGCCGCCAUCUACGCAACAAAAGCAGACGGUACUUACUUCUGUGGUGGCACACUCACCAAUCCCCAGUUUGUUCUAACGGCUGCACAUUGUGUCACUUCAACUCUUAACUGUCAGGUGGUCUUAGGAUCCACUACGUUGCAAGGCAGCGACCCAAAUCGUCUAAUUUUGUCUACAAAUUCACGGGUUAUACAUAGAGAUUUCAAUCCAGAAACUCUUGAGAAUGAUAUUGCGCUCCUCAUGUUCCAUGUACCCAUAAAACUGACAGAUUACAUACAACCUAUUAAUCUACCCACUGAAAGAGAUGAAUUGUUUGCCAACACUGAGGUAAUGGCGAUCGGCUGGGGUCAAACCAGUGAUGAUACCGCUGGUCUUACCAAUCACCUAAACUACGUCACCGUUAGUACUUUAUCUAACGCGGAAUGCCAAAUUAGUUUCGGUGAUGCAAUAAUCAACAGUAUGGUUUGUGCUGUUGGAAAUUAUAACGAAGGAGCUUGCAUCGGGGAUAGUGGUGGGCCGCUAAUAGCGGAAAUCAAUAACAAGCAGUACGUUGUGGAUAUCUCCAGCUUUAUUAGUACCCGUGGUGCGAAAGUACAGAUCCGUCUGGGUAUACAAGGACGUCGCCUUAUUACAGCUGGAUCGUAAUGCAUAUGGAUACAGCCUAAACAUAAAUUUCAGUUUAUGUACAAUACAAAUAAAAAUUAAUUAGUUAAGUAAGUAAGUAAGUUUAUUAUACAUAAAAAGUCGGAGACGUAUUACAUGUCAUUUAGUUAAUAUACACAUACAUACAACAUACUUAUAACAAU